AUGCAUGAGUUCGACUCGACAUUUGAUCAACGUGUAAGCGUCAAGUUGCCAGCAGAAGAAAAUGUAAAGGACCAAACGGGAGAUUCGGCCAGUUUACCUCCAUAAAUCUGAGAAAACAUCUGCUUCAGCUUGAUUCGAUUGAAGCUCAAUUGAAGCACCAAAACUUUUUUUGAUUCGAUUCUAAGUCGCAUAACUUAGUUGCUACCAUGACAAUCACUGUUCACUCUCAUUAGUCAUUAGUGAAGGAUGAGCGCCCGCUACCCGACAACCAUAACCCCGACCCAAACCCGAAUAGGCUGGGUAGGCAUAGGCGUGAUGGGCUCCGCCAUGGCCUCCCGCCUCCUCUCUGCCGGCUACUCCGUCACCGUCUAUGACCGAACCCCGUCAAAGGCCGCCCCUCUCCAAUCCAAAGGGGCCCAUCUGGCUCCCUCCGUCGCCGACCUCGCCCGUGCAAGUGAUGUCGUCUUCACGAUGCUGGGACACCCAUCAGAUGUUCGACAAAUUGUGCUAGAGAACCUUGUCCCUUCUCUCAAUCCCAACGGAGUCAUUAUUGAUCACACUAGCAGCCACCCCACCCUGGCUAAGCAGAUUUAUGAUUCUGCCCUUGAAAGACACUGCCACUCCGUUGACGCCCCAGUUUCCGGAGGCGACAUCGGAGCGAGAGAUGGCAAAUUGGCGAUAUUAGCCGGGGGAGAUGAGGAUGUUGUGAAGUGGUUAAAACCACUGUUUGAUGAAAUGGGGAGGGUGACUUAUGUUGGCGGCCCUGGGAAGGGACAGCAUUGUAAAAUAGCGAAUCAGAUAACCGCUGGGGCGAAUUUACUUGGGCUGAGUGAAGGGCUGGUUUUCGCGGAUAAAGCCGGUUUGGACAAAUUGAAGUUUGUGGAGGCUGUGAGAGGCGGUGCAGCUGGAUCAAUGGUGAUGGAGUUGUUCGGGGACAGGAUGAUCAAGAAGGACUUCAAGCCUGGUGGGGUCGCGGAAUAUAUGGUGAAGGACUUGGGAAUGGGAGUGGAUGUUGGGGAAGAGGAAGGGGGUGAAGUGGUGGUAUUGCCUGGCGCUGCAUUGACUAAACAAUUGUUUGCUUCUAUGGUGGCUAAUGGGGGUGGGAAGCUGGGCACCCAGGGGCUAAUAUCUGUCAUUGAGAAGAUCAAUGGCAGUUAAGAUAACAAAGUGAAAUCAUAGCCUCAAGCAAAUAUCAAGUUGAGGUUCUGUUUGCCAGGAUAGCACACUAGCUGAGCUUGUUUAUGUAAUGUAAUUUUAAUCUAAACCUCUACAAGGGCUCACGUAGCUUUUGAGGCUGGACGUGGUGAUGGCGUACAAACUGUAAAAUAAAACUCGGAGAAGGGGAAUAUGUGAUGGUUAAAAUUA